GGCCACACUACCAGUAUUUGUUUGCGUGUUUAUUUAAUCGCUCCCUCCACUCUGCCUCGGCUUGGACUGCUGUCGCCGCCGCUUGCUUCUUCUCGUGUACCAGCCGAGUGUGACCGUCCCUCGGACCAUCUCCUCCUCCUCUCUCUCUCUCUCUCUCUCUCUCUCUCUCGAGUCGUCGUCUCCAGCGAGUAGGAGGAAGCGAGGCCGGGCUUGGCUCUGCGAGGCUCCAAAUCUAGGGAGGAUGCAUUCUUUUAUGGCAUGGAAUGAUUAGAGCCACUGGCGUAUCAACCUGUGUCCCUCUUGUACUGCUAGGUACUGAAGAAAAUGUGCUGAAUCCAAGAAUUGUCUAGCUUAGGACAUGUGUUGAAUCUUCGUUUGAUAUGUCUACUUUGUGUGCAUGAUCAAACAGAGGGCUCAAGAAGUGAUUGAUUCGAGCGAUUGCUUGCAGGGAGAGGGAAAGGGGUCAUCGAUGGAGGGGAUGGAGGAUGCCAACAGGGCGGCAGUGGAGAGCUGCCACCGCGUGUUGGCCCUCCUCUCCAACCCCCACGGCCCGCUCGUCCCCAACAAGGAUCUCGUGGCUGCCACCGGAGAGGCCGUCUCCAAGUUUGGAUCCCUAACCUCCAGGCUCGCCAAUGGCAAUGGCCUCCAGGGCCAUGCCAGGGUCAGGAAGAUCAAGAAGCCCUUGCCCAUCUUCGACAGCAACCUCUUCUUGGAGAGCUCUGCAGUGACUGCAGCCGCUGCUGCCAAGACAACGAACCCAAGCCCGAUCACCAGCCUCCAGCUGUUUCCAAGGUACCACCAGAUGGAGGGCUCGACGUCGAAGGAUCCUGUGAGGAUCCCUGCCCAAUUCCCCAAGAGGUUGCUUCUAGAGAACUCGGCUGUGGAUUUGGAGGGGCCAUCAAAGGCCCAUUGCGCCCCCGGGCAACCUCUCCAGCUCGUCCAGCCGGUGUCCGUUGCGCCCCCGGCAGGGACGCCAACCCCGGCAUUGCCUGCGGCGCACCUUCAUUUCAUCCAGCAGCAUCAGAGCUACCACAGGUUCCAGUUCUUGCAGCAGAUGAAGAUUCAGAGCGAGAUGAUGAAGAGGAGCUCCCUUGGUGAUCAGGGUCAGGGCGGUAGCUGUAGUGGUGGUGGCAAGGGUGUGAAUCUCAAGUUUGACAGCUCGAAUUGCACAGCGUCAUCUUCUCGUUCAUUUCUGUCGUCUCUGAGCAUGGAGGGGAGUAUAGCGAGUUUGGAUGGGAGCCGUGGCGGCAGGCCUUUCCAGCUAGUUAGUGGCUCUCAGGCGUCGAGCACUCCGGAGCUGGGCGUCAUACAUAGGAGGAGGUGUACUGGUAGGGAGGAUGGGAGUGGUCGGUGCGCGACUGGGAGCCGGUGCCACUGUGCGAAGAAAAGGAAGCUGAGGAUAAGGAGGUCUAUCAAAGUCCCUGCAAUAAGCAACAAGGUUGCAGACAUCCCUGCUGAUGAGUUCUCGUGGAGGAAGUAUGGGCAGAAGCCAAUAAAGGGAUCCCCUCAUCCUAGGGGUUACUACAAGUGUAGCAGCGUGAGAGGCUGCCCCGCGAGGAAGCACGUCGAGAGGUGCGUCGACGACCCCUCAAUGCUGAUUGUUACCUAUGAAGGCGAUCACAACCACAACCGAGUGCUCGCCCAGCCAGCCUGAUCUUUCAGGCUUUCAGUUGCAGACCGUUUCAGUAGCCUCCCUUCCUAGUGAAGGGAGGCCCAAAAGAAGAAGAGCCUAAUGUUUGUACAUAUGUUCUGCGUCUAACAGUUUUUUUUAGGGGGGGGGGGGGGGGGAGGGAGAGAGUUAGCUAGAUCUUGCAGAAGAAUCGUUCGCUGGAGAGAAAUUUGUUGCGCAGAUGGUUGAUGGAGUGUUCCUCAUCAAAGACUCGUAGUUUUGUAGCUUUCAUUUCUUUUUCUUUUUCUGUUCAUGCUAUGCAAGGAGGGCCAUACUGUGGUGCAGUGUAACAUCGAGCUGCAGUUGUUUGUCUGGGGAUGGAGGAGAACAUAAGGCGGGAAGUGCCUGUAAUAGUCGCAACACCUAGGAACAAAAUGUACUCUCGUCUUCAGUCCAAUGGUACAAUCUUGUUGAGGAA